AUGAACGAGAGUAAUCGUCAACCAUCCAGCGAGACACCUAGCAAGCGGAGGCUAUCAAUCGGACUUCCAGCAGAUCUCAAUUCCAUAGCGGAGAAGAAACCAAGGUUUGACCAGACCCAAACGAUCCGUGGCAGAGACUCCGCCGAUUACACUCCUGAACUUGAACAACCUUCAACGGCAACGUCGACUAAAUUCACCCACCAAUCAACCUCAUCCUAUUCAUCUCCAUCAAGUUCCAAUGGGGAAGACCAUGCUGGACACGGCAGAAAUAGGGGUCCUGACAGAUCAAGCAGCUUUUCCACCAGAAGGGUGAAGCAUCAUCGACGUCCGUCGUAUCCACCAAGUUGGGUUACCGACAAUGACCGCCACCGAGGUUUACCUUCUGGCUCUUCUUCAAAACCUCCUAAUAUUCGCACUCAAAGCUAUCAAGCUACAUCUUCCACUUCCGUUCCUGCAUCGAAACCUUCCAGCCCCCCACCAGGUUUCAACCUAUCUUCCGGUCAACCACUCGUCAACCCACCUCAGAAAACUCAAGCUGCCUUUGUGGGAAAAUUGUAUUCCAUGCUGGAAGAUGAAGAGAUUGUAAAGACUGGUUUGAUCUUUUGGUCCGCUGAGGGAGCUACUUUUACUUGUCCAAACCCUCAAGAUUUCUCCAAAGCUGUCUUACCCAAAUUUUUCAAGCAUAAUAAUUGGCAGAGUUUCGUUCGUCAACUCAAUAUGUAUUCGUGA